GAGAGUUGAACCCGGCUGACAUUCCAUCGCGAGGGUGUGUCGUAAAGGAACUAGUGAACAACAAAUCAUGGUGGAACGGCCCAGAAUUUUUGAAGGAGAAUCCCGAAUCGUGGCCAAAGUCAGCAACGACAAAUACCAAUGAGCUGGCGGACAAGGAGUUGCUAAAACAUCCACCUGUUGUUACCAGCUCACUUCCUUGUGUUUCGAAGAAUGUAUCUCGUGUUGCCAACUUAGAAAAUAUUAUCGACAUCGAAAGAUACAGUACCAAGAUUAAGUUACUCCGAGUAACUGCAAUUGUGAUGAGAUUCGUGAAAUUACUGAAACGAAAGGCGAAUGUUCCUACAAAGCAUUUAACCAGGGACGAAUUGAGGACGGCAGAAAUUGAUUGGAUUAAGUCUGUGCAAACUUGCUCUUUCAAAACGGAACAAAAUGCAUUAAUGAAAGGCGGUAUGGCUUGCUUACACCAGUUUGAACUACAGCUUGAUACCAAUGGAUUAAUUUGUUGCAAAGGACGGUUGCAUAACGCCGACGUUCCAGAAUCUAGCAAGAACCCUAUUAUACUGCCGUCACGGCAUAGAUUUACGGAACUUUUAAUUCGUGAACGACAUGAAGAUAUCCAUCAUCAAGGCAUUCGUGAUACAUUGAACUCCAUUCGACAACAAUACUGGAUACUGAAAGGCAGAGAGGCCGUAAAACCAGUUACGAGAAGAUGUGUUGUAUGUACAAGACACGAGGGGAAGUCGUUUCCCACGCCACCAAUGCCCGAUCUUCCCACCAAUCGUGUUGAUGUCAGUCCACCGUUUGCAAACACGGGAGUGGACUACGCUGGUCCACUCUAUGUUACGUGUGAUUCGAAAACUAAU